CGGUCUCAAACGCGUGAAUUUGGAAACAGAGACCCGUAUCUCUCCCUGUCUCUCUCUCUCUCUCUCUCCGAAACUCAUCGCCAGCGACGACGGCCAAUCCAUUAAUCUCAAAAAAAAGAUAUGGAGAAGAAAGAAACGUGUAUUAAUAUUGUUUCCCGUGUCUAGUAGGUAUACUUGGUCAACAUAGCUGUAAUGUGAUAGUGCUAGAAAAAUUUGUGGAUUUGAGGUCAAGCAGAUAGAGGAACAGCAAGGGUAAAGGUGCCUUCUUCUCUGUGUAUAGCAGCCAGUUCGAGUUGUGACAUGGCAGACAAAGCUUGCAUCCAGCGUCUUAAUAAGGAAUAUAAAGCACUCUGUAAAGAACCGGUUUCUCAUGUCGUUGCUCGUCCUAACUCAAAAGAUAUUCUUGAGUGGCAUUAUGUGCUGGAGGGAAGUGAGGGGACACCAUUCGCAGGUGGAUAUUACUACGGAAAGAUCAAGUUUCCGCCUGAAUAUCCAUAUAAACCUCCUGGAAUUAGCAUGACCACUCCCAAUGGAAGGUUCAUGACACAAAAGAAAAUCUGUCUGUCUAUGAGCGACUUUCAUCCAGAGAGUUGGAAUCCAAUGUGGUCUGUCUCAAGCAUACUUAAUGGCCUUCUUUCUUUCAUGAUGGACGACAGUCCUACCACUGGCAGUGUGAGCUCUACUGUUGAUGAGAAGCAGCGCCUAGCUAAGGCUUCACUUGCUUUCAAUUGUAAGAAUGCGACAUUUAGGAGAAUGUUCCCCGAGUACGUGGAGAAGUAUAACCAGGAUCUUGCUUCAGAGCAGAGGUCACGGGAGCUGCCACAAACAAACAAUUCUACUUCUGCGCUUGAAAAGCCGGGUAAUUCAUUGGUAGAAGGCGUGAGAAAUGUUGGUACACCGAAGGACAUGCCAAGAAAAAGGAAGCAGACUUUCCCAACCUGGAUGAUGUUGUUACUGGUUUCCAUAUUUGGCGUUGUAAUUUCACUUCCUCUGCUUCAACUCUGAUAUGUUGGCGAUGUGGCGGAAAUUUUAGGGCUAGCGGGUAUGCAAGCUUUUUCUAGUUUGGAGGGGCUUCACUUAAAUGGCCCUUAGGUUUGUCAUGUAUCUUGUGAAAACUAUGUAAAGGGGAUAAUGUGAAGGGUUGUUGAGUUUAAGUUGGAUCUCAUUUUGAUGUUUGAACUUUGAAGUCAUCGUCUAUAAUUUGGAGUCCAUGUUCAAAUUUUAGAUGAUUUUGACGUUGAAUUUAUUUUGACUUGUGAUGUUGUCCUUGUUUUAUGAAUUUUGAGAUUCUUCUGACUUAA